GGUGUGUGUAGUGAGUCAAAUAUAUUAGGAUUUAUUUUUUUAGUGGGUGUAUUAAGAAAGAUUUGUAUAGAGAGGAAAGGGUGUGUAUAUAGAAGCUCCCAUGAAACAGGGUUGGGCCAAGAGACCGAUCACCGAACCGAACAGAAAAGCGCCGGUCUCAGUACCGGACCGGCGGUGCCCUAGUAAUUAUUGCUGAAGAAAAAAAGCGAAGAAGAAUGUCGGUUCUGAUAGUUACGAGCUUAGGAGAUAUUGUUGUGGACUUGCAUACCGAUCUCUGUCCCCUCACCACCAAGAACUUCUUGAAGCUUUGCAAGAUUAAAUACUACAAUGGUUGUUUAUUUCACACGGUUCAAAAGGAUUUUACUGCACAAACUGGUGAUCCUACUGGAACAGGGACUGGUGGUGAUUCCAUCUACAAGUUCUUAUACGGUGAUCAAGCUUGCUUUUUUGGGGAUGAAAUUCGUUUGGAAUUAAAACACGCCAAGAUGGGCACUGUUGCCAUGCCUAGUGCUGGAGAGGAUCUUAAUGCUUCACAAGUUUUUGGGGAGAUUGCAGAGGGGCAUGAAACACUUCAGAGGAUAAAUGAAGCUUACGUGGAUGAUACAGGCAGACCAUACAAAAAUAUACAUUCUCACACCUUUUGUAUUUGGUGAUGUUAUAUGUUGACUAGUAACUAAUGAAUACGAUGCUUUAACCGAAUCAAACACACUUACAUAUUAGAUGAUCCUUUUGAUGAUCCUUCACAACUAUCUGAGUUGAUUCCAGAUGCUUCUCCUGAAGGAAAGCCAAAAGAUGAGGUUGAAAAUGAUGUACGACUUGAAGAUGACUGGGUGCCCAUUGAUGAGCAAUUAGGUGCAUCGGAGCUUGAGGAGAUUCUCUGUACGAAAGAUGCACAUUCCAGUGCAGUAGUGCUUGAGAGUAUAGGGGACAUUCCGGAUGCUGACAUAAAGCCUCCUGACAAUGUGCUGUUUGUUUGUAAACUAAAUCCAGUAACCGAAGAUGAGGACUUGCAUACUAUCUUUUCACGUUUUGGAACGGUGACAUCCGCUGAAGUUAUCCGGGAUUAUAAAACUGGAGACAGCUUAUGCUAUGCCUUCAUUGAGUUUGAAACGAAUGAGGCUUGUGAACAAGCAUACUUUAAGAUGGACAAUGCUUUAAUUGAUGAUCGAAGGAUACAUGUGGAUUUUAGUCAAAGUGUUUCAAAAUUGUGGUCCCAAUACAGACGCAGAGAUAGCCAAAUGGCUAAAGGAAAAGGUUGUUUCAAAUGUGGUGCUCCAGAUCACAUCGCUAAGGAUUGUACAGGGGAUCCCUCCACCAAACAGCAACCUCCAAAAUACACGUUAAAAGAGGAUAACAAUCAACGAGGUGGAGACGAUAACUCGAGGUAUGAGAUGGUAUUUGAUGAGGACACGGCUAGAAGUCCACAACGAGAAAAGAAACGUAGAGACUACGAAAUAGAAGACAACAUUGAGAAACGAAAGGAUGAACGCCGAAGUUCAGAGGAUCUUAAGCAAAGGGAAUAUGAGAACUCCCGUGACAGGCAAAGGCACAGUGACAGAAUUAGAGAAUACAGGGAUCAUGAGAGGAACCGCGAAAGUAGAACUAGUCAGUCCAGUGGAAGCCAGAGGGACUACAAGUAUCAUGAAGAGAGAAGAGAUGGAGAAAAGUAUACGGAGAAACGUGGGCAUAAAGAUGACAGCCGGAGAGAUGACCGGGAAUAUAAGAAGCGAAAUGAGGAUGAGCGAGAGUAUAGAAAAAGAAGUGUGGACAAUGAUAGCCGCGGAAGCGGGAGGGAUGAUGAAGGUCAUAAAAGGUUAAAUGUUGAUAAUCAUAGAAGAGACAAAAGAGAUGAGUUGAACAGGCUGGGUGAUCGUGAUCGCGAUCGCGAUCGUCAUAGAAGGCACUGAGGUGAUGGAAUGAGAUGACCACCUUUCAUAUGAUGGAUGGAGGAAGCAGAAAAGUCUGCCCUGGAAAGAAUUCAGCAGGCACUAAUGGAUGGAAAACCAGCACGAUCAGUACCUUCAACAGAUUUUGAGAAAGAUGCUGUAAAACAUCUUUGUUUACUUACAGUGAAGCCUAUCAUAUAUGU